AUGAGAUGUAUAGGAAUGGGAAAUUCGCGGAGGCUUUGGUGUUGUAUGAUCGUGCCGUUGCUUUGUCGCCGGGAAAUGCUGUUUGCCGGAGUAAUCGUGCGGCCGGCGCUUAUGGAGCUGGGAAGGUUGAGUGAAGCAGUGAUGGAUUGUGAAGAGGCUGUGAAGUUGGAUCCUGCUUAUGCUAGGGCUCACAAGAGACUUGCUUCUCUUUAUCUCCGCUUUGGACAGGUUGAGAAUUCGCGGCGUCACCUGCAUAUUGUUGGUGUGCACGAUGAUCGAUCGGGAAGAGAGUAA